CGCCAUCUUGACCCCCCAUUGUUGCGGGUCCGCCAUUUUGAAUUUUUUUUCUCAAAAUUUUUUUGUGAAUUUUUUUUGUUGAAAAUUUUUUUUUUUGGUGAAAAUUUUUUUAUGGUCGCCCACUUUUGCGAGGGUAACCUAACCUAACCUAAGUCACCGGAAGGGCCCAAGUCACCUGAAGGGCCUAAGUCGCAACCUGGAUCCGCCCCUUCGUGGCCCAUUGUAGCGGGUCCGCCGCAGCUACUUUUCGGAUCCCAAGCAGGUCUGUACCUGUCCGCCGCAGCUUCUUUUCGGAGGAUAACCUAACCCAAGCAGGUCUGUACCUGUCCGACGCCGCGGUCUCACCUGGUGCAUGACACGGAGGCACGCACGCGAGUGCGGUCCGCCGCCACGUUUUGAAUGCCGCCGCGCCGCUAGCGCUGCCAGCGCGCUCUACCGGCCCGGUCGGAAACUCCGCCUCUGCGCAUGCGCGCACUGCGCAGCGGUGCUGUCUGCUAGCGGCAAUCAGCCGACUCUUUGUUUCUUUCUCUAGUUUUAUUUUUCAGUUGUCUCUUGACUGACGCACUCAUAUUCUAUCAUUCCUAUUUUAUGUUUCACCUCGCACAUUUUAUUUCAUGCCAUGUAUCUGUUUUAAAUCUGAAAUACGCGACGAGCGGCAGCGCCGUGUAGUCUCCAACCCAAAAGCCUCUGGCGGCGCAACAAGUUCCUUGUUAUUUCAUUAGAUUUGAAUGAAGGAAGUAAAAAAGUUGCAUUGCGACGAUUUCUACAUGUGUUCGGUACAUUCUGAUCUCUUCGGAACGAUUCAAUACGCGCGCGAACGCGAAAUAAAACGAAUUUCGCCCGUGCCGGUUUUCUGUCCUGCGCUCUGAUUGGCUGCCGGUCUCCACUCCUCCUCUCCCCUCGCCCUGCCCGCUUCCGCACGGGAACGAAGCAGCCACUUGUUGUUUAUCCGUCGGUCGCCAUGGAUGCCCUUCGCGACGCGUACGCCUCUUCUGAGUCGGACGAAGAAAUCACAUGCGAAGUCAAUCCCCAAGACCUCUUUGGUGUAAGUAGGGUGAAACGCUGUCCGUUUGUGUCAUGAAUUAUUAUUGAAGGGCGAAGCUAUGCCCGAUUUCGUACCUGCGCGAGGCAAUUCUAACCUCGUCGCCAUGUUGGUUUUCUCACCAACUAAUGCUCCGUUUAUUUUCCCUUUUCCAGCUGUGUGAAUCUAGAAUCAGUGCCGAAUUUUCGCGAGUGUCAGUGUUUCGUUACUCUAAAACCGCGUUCUCGAAAUGUGUCGCGAGUGUACUUUGUGGGCCAGUGUUCAAUUUCCUUGUCUGUUGCGGAGGCUCCGCCGCCGCUGUGUUUUCGCCUUGUUAUCGGCGACGAUGGAAACUCUGUUUCUGUCACUGUGUUCUCGCCUCGUUUCUGGCGACUCUUUUGCUGUCAGUGCAGUGCUCGCCUUGCUUGGGCUAAGCCUGCCCAUUUUAUUUUUUCUCUUCUAGUGUUUGACGGCGUGCUGCGCCGUGUCCAUUGUGUUUUUAGAUUGCAGUAAAUUCCUUAGUAUUUUCUCUCAUGUCGGGUGGUCUUGGCAUGCCACCCAUCGUCCCGAAUCAAUGAAAGUUUGGUUAUGUUGUUGUUGUUCAAUGAGUUUGGCCAAAAGUGUGUGUGGGCGGGUUAGGUUCAUCGCCAUCUCCUUCACCAUGAAUGAGUAAGUCAAGCUGUGUCAACAGCUCAACUGUCAGCAUGUGUUUCUCUAAUUGCAGCUGCGCUUUUAAAUGCAUUCAAGGGUUUUUUUAGAGUGUCUCGCCUUUUUGCUCUGUGCUUUCGUUCACCAACCUAAACUGGCAGUUUGGCUUCUAAGCUUCCAUUUUGGGUUCGUGUUUUGCCAAUUUCUAUGUCAUGAAACUUAUCCUUUUGUACCCUUAAUGGUUUCAGCUUUUGUCGGACAUUAGCAGUGAGAACAGUUCAUGCCAGGAUGUUGAAGAUGUGGAAGCUCAAGAGAUUGCUGCCCUUGAGGAAAGGGAAUGCAGCUCGAUCCCCCAGGUGGAAGCUCGAGAGAUUGCUGCCCUUGAGGAGGGGGAAUGUACCCCAACUCCCCCUUCAUCUCCUCAGCCGUUAGUCGAUGUGUUUGUGCCUGCGCCCUCUGAUGCGGAUGUAUCAUCAUCUCCACGUUUUGAGGUUCCGCCCCCCUCAAAUGACCCAUUAGGUCUUAUGGAGGGCAUUUCUUAUCCCCGGAAGGGGCUGUUGCCUACUCCACCAAAGAGCUUGUUGUUGCAGCCCUCAGUAAUUGAUGUGUUUGUGCCUGCGCCCUCUGAGGAGGCUGUUUCUUCUCCUCCAUCGGGGUAUCAUUCUUAUCCAAGGAAGGGGUUGCUGCCCACCCCACCAGGGGCACUGUCCAUGCCCGACUUGUCGCUGCCUCCUUGGUAUUCCCCUCAAAAGGCGCGGCCAAGUGGUCCUGUCUUCAGUCGAUUAGGAAAGAGGCGGAAUCAUAAGAAGCGUGACUACUGUAAGCCUUACCCUGCAGCUGGACUGCGACGACAUGGUCCUCCUUCUCCGCCUCCUUGCUGCUGAUCUGUUUUGAUUUUUUUGAUUCUGUGAUUAUCAAUCUGUGAUUUUAUUUUUUUGCCCACCAAUCAAUCGAGUGUUAUCAUCUUUUUUUUAUUGUUAAUCAUCGUUUUUUUUUUAUUUUUUUAUUAAAUUUAUGGGCUUUUGUUCUCAAUCCUGUGUGACUUCUUCCUAUCCUUUUCCGAA